AUGCACAUUGCCUUUUUGUCGAACCCGGCCUCUGGCCAGGUCAAUGUGCAGAUGGCGACUGCUACGCAGCUCGUAUCUGAGGGUCACUCCGUCACUUUCUUGUCGGCGGACUCGUGUGCCAAAAAGAUCGACCAGCUGAGGGAUACAUUGCCGCCGUUCCAGCAGGACCUGAUCGGCUUCAUUGGCUUGGGGACAAGUCACAAUGUCAGCGAUUACACGAACUUCUUCAAGGACCGCAUGCAUUUAAUGCGAAGCCCACCCGGCGAUCCCUCUAGCCUGGAAUUAUGCAUUGAUGCUGCACUGGGUCCAGUGGAGGACUUCGCAGACACGGCUCUCAUGGUGUCCGACAAGCUUAACGCGUUGGAUCCCAAUAUCAUCUGUGUUGAUGCACUGACACCGUCUCUGAUAACGGGAGUUCGUCUCACAAAACGCAAAUAUAUACUUACUAUUCCCUGUUCACCGGGAACAAGCGCUCUGCCUGGCGCGUUCGAACCACACAUGAUGGCCUCCAAUCGCGACGGCUCACUGGGAACUUUUAUUGAGAAUGUCUAUCUGAACUUCCGCGAAUACUAUUACAGCGUCACACAACCCGACUGCGUCGCCAAGCGCGAUAUUCUCACGAGGCGCUUCAACCUCAAAUCAUAUGGAGUCGCACAAGACACAGCCCUGCUCCCACCACACUGGGAAGACGAAAACUGCGUGGCCGGCAUUCACUUUAAUACAUUGGGCCUCUUCGACUGUCCUAAACAGUCAUCCAAAAUUGUAUUCGUCGGCGCCGGCGUCUCCGUCGAAACUUCCUCAACUUAUUGUCCCGAGCUGGCUUGGAUGGAUGAGGCAAUGCUUCACGGCGACGACGUCAUCUACAUGAACAUGGGCAGUAUGUUUAUCUGGCAACGACAUGAAUUCUGGAACUGCAUCGCUGGCUUCGAAGCCGCCUAUAAGCAACGCGGUGGUCGCGUGCGCUUCCUCUUCAAAAUCAACUUCCCAAUCGACAGCCCAGAGCACAUUUUCUCAACCGAGGAACUCCCAUCAUAUAUUCGCCUCACCAACUGGAUUGAUAACCAGCAUGCUAUCUACUCGCACCCCGCCCUCAAGGUCUUCAUUCACCACGGAGGCGGCAAUUCUUUCAACGAAGCGGUCUACUUCGGAGUGCCCCAAUUGAUUCUCAGCCAAUGGCUUGAUACCCACGAAUACGCCAACUACGCCGAAAGAUUCAAGCUAGGCUUGCGCAGUGCUAGGCCACCACACGUCGAAGCACAGGACAUCGAAGUCAAGAUCCUCAAAAUGCUCGGCCCGCUCUGGACCGAGUACAAGGCCAACUGUCAGUCUUGGGCCGUCCGGAGCCAAAUUAGUGGCGGGACGGCAUCUGCGGCUAAGAUUAUCGUUGCUCAUGCUGAGAGCACGCGAAUGAUUCAAGAUGGAAUCUUGACACCACCGUUCACGCCUGUCGAGUCGCCCAUUAUGGAAAAGGACGCCGAGACUCUUCAAGAUAUUGCGAUUUGCUCGUGA